AUGAGCAGCAGCGACGGUAGCGACGAUGAAGGCCCACCCUUGAAGCGCCAGAAGGGGUCAGGUCCAACCACCUUUCUCUCAUGGAACGCCAAUGGUCUGGUGUCGCGCUGUGUCCACAACAAUCGCGAACUCGCCAAGAUGGUUCACGAGACAGACCCUGAUGUCAUGUGUAUCCAAGAAGUGCGGAUCAAGGCCCUCAACUCCGGUGACCAAGGAACACCACAUACCACCGACUACAAGUUGGUCGAGGAUACCAUGGAGUCGACCAUCUUUCACAAAUACCAAAAGCAUUGGUCACUUGCCGACCGAAAAUACUCGGGUACACUGACUUUCGUCCACAAGCGCGUCCAGCAUAACAGCAAUGACGUCGCAUUCACAACCCAGUCUGCCCUUUCCAUGCUUCUCAAGAAGUAUAAUCUCACGCGCGAAGACAUUGGUCUGAGCGCUUCACCAGUAAAGAAACAAAAGGAGCCUGCAAAGAAACAAACUUCCAUGAAAUCGUUCUUUGCUCCCAAGGGGAAAACAAACAAUGCCGCCGGAAGUUCUUCUGUGAAAUUCGCUAGCCACCAACUUGACGGACGAUUCCAAUUCCUUUCGUUUCCCAACUUUGACUUGAUCAACACGUAUCAGCCCAACAAUGGGACCAAGCAGGAGUCCUUUCAGCGACGACGAGAUUGGGAUCGCGACAUGAAGGAAUUAUUGAAGUACAGACUAAAAAUUUUGAAAAAGGUUGCAUCGUCCACGGCUGACAAAAGUGCUGGAGAGCGUCCCUUGAUUUGGUGUGGCGACAUGAAUGUUGCAAAAGAAUAUCGUGACGGGACCCAUUGGGAGCAAAGAGAGCCCGGAAAAGGCAACGAUAGCGAGGGCAAAGGCAUUUACGAGUGGUGGAGAGAUGAAAAAAAGUGCCUUUCAAACGGGUUAGGCAAGAAAGUGGAUCCAUCCCGUCACCCUGAUGACAAGGGCAUCCCUAGUUUCACAACAAACGAACGCAAGCGAUUCAUUGAUAUUUUGGAGACGGCUGAUCUUGAUGAUGUCUGGCGCACACUUCAUCCAAAUGGCAUUGAAGCGGACAGUGAGGAACCAAAGAAGCGGACGUUUAAGACUGAAUGGGACAAACCUAAUUGGACAUGGAGGGGACAUUUGUCUAAUAACGGCAACACAUUUUCAAGCAAGUACGAAGGAAAGGGACAGCGAUUGGAUUAUUUCUUGCUCUCGCCGUCUACUCUGACCUCGCAAGUUGUACUGGAGUGCGAUAUCUUGGGCUAUGGUGUGGACCGUCAAGGUCAUUUCUGCGGGUCUGACCACAGUUCAAUCAUCCUGCGGCUCAAGAGACCCCUUUGA